UUAUGGUUUUCUUUCCAAAGGGAUUAUAUAUCUCUCUAUAUAUAGGGUGGCUUCAGGCAUAAAGCAGCCAGGUUAGAGGGAGGAAAAGUGUGUGUGUAUAAAAUAAAAACUGCUGCCAGAAUGACCGUCAUUUGAAACUCUGGGAUGACAGAGGGAUUCCGGGCAGCCUCACUGCUCUGCUUUCAGGGCUCCUUAAUGCUGCAAGACCCUGCAGAGAGCAGACCCUGCUCAGUGUGAGCUUCCACCACCACUGGCCCAGCCAAGGAUGUCUGCAGAGCCCACUCUGGAUGCCAGCUCAGGCAGAAGAGCUGUGCAGUGCUCGUUCAGCAUUGAGAACAUCCUCGCCAGCCCAGCAGAGAGGAGCCCCCAGGUUCUGGUUCCACUCUGUCUUCAGGGCAUCCUGGACUGUGCACCAAAGGGGCUGUGCGAGCUGGAGGGCAUUGCUCUGCAGGAGGAGGAGGAGGAGGAGGAGGAGGAAGAGCUGGAAGGUGCGGCUUGUAGCUGCUGCUGCUGCUCCCACACAGGUACACGGCCUCUGCAGGACCCUCCAGGUUGGCUGGGUGAGUGACUGGGGCUCUGUACCGUGCAGUUUGUUUCCUGGGUGACAGUGCAGUGUCCAACCUGCCACAGUGCUGGGUGCCUUUCUCUGAUCUCAGCUCUGGUGAGAAGUUGCUGAGUCUGCUGUUAGAAGGGCUUCUGAGAGCUGGCACCCUCACCAGGGUUUUAAAUCAGUGGGUGCUUUUUUGUUACCAAGUAUUGCUGGUUUAUGGUAAAGCACACAGAGUGGCAGUUCAGGGUAGGAGCUCUGCAGAGAGCAUGGGCUCCAUGGUCAUCCUGACAGAGCUCCUUCGCACCACCCGCUCUUGGGAGCCUCGCUUGUCCUUUCAGGGAAAGGUGGGAGGUUUUUUUGCUACAUCUAGCAAAAUGGAUGCAUAGAAAACCUUGAUUUGUGGUUCAAAAGCAUCCUGGAAGUUCAGAAAUACUCCGUGCUAUGAUGGAAAAACAACUCCUAACCAUGCUGUUAAGUUUCCAAGUCAUUUUUUGGAGCUUGCCCACAGCAUCACAGGUAAGUGAACAAAGAAAACAACACUAGUGCUCCCCACUUACAUGCUUCUUUCCAAGUGACACUGAGCCCUUCACCUGCUUGCACUGUGAUCAUACAUCUUUCACCUAUGCAAGCUGCACUCCAUCCACACAAUGAAUGCAGAUGCAGACAGUGCUCGAUGCCAAUGUAUUUCAGCUGCCCAUCCCCACAGAGCUGACUGUCCCUCUCCUUGCAGACCCCAGGUUCCCUUGGCCCAUGCGACUGCUCCACUCAGCGGUCAGAGGCUGCAAGAGCCCUCAGGGCAGCCCCAGCGAGCUGCAGGCCUUCCAGCAGAUCCAGCGUCGGACGCGCCGUCAUCGCACCAUAUUCACCGAGGAGCAGCUGCAGGCCCUGGAAACACUUUUCCACCAGAACCAAUACCCGGACGUCAUCACCAGGGAGCACUUGGCCAACCGCAUCCACCUGAAGGAGGAGAGGGUGGAGGUCUGGUUUAAGAACCGUCGAGCCAAGUGGAGGCAUCAGAAGAGAGCAUCUGCCUCGGCAAUGGUCCUUCAGGGCAGCGCGGAGCCGCCCAAGGGGAGCUGCUAACGGCGCUGCGGGAGGGGAGCAGCGGGGCCGGGCUUCAGGGUGAAUGCAGGCGGGGCUCCUCCGAAACCCGACCUCUGUGCUGAGCCCCGUUCAGUGGCGUGGCCUUCAGAUGGUGAAGCGGGCACGAAGCCGACAGGCGGUGUGGGGACAGUGCUGUGCUGCACACGUCAGUCCCGGCCGGGCUCCCCGGGCUGUGCUGCUUGUGUCUGUCAGCUCUGCUGUGUGAACACGUGCCAGUGAAGGCUGCUCUCAGCACCCACGGCUUCGAGCGUCGCUUUGGGGCCCCACACGCACACCUACGGAGCUGCCGAGCCCCGCCCGUGCUCCCCAGGCCCCGCCGCGACUCCGCUGCCCCGGCGUCGCCGUCACCAGGGCGCCGCGC